GCAGGAAAAGGACAGUCAUAAAUCCAGCACCAGCUCACCCAGCUCUGCUUCUCCUUCAGUUCUAAGAUGACGUCUUGGAAGGAGAGGAGUAUGAAUCCACCCCCGUGUUUCAUCCAGCGCCUGGACCACCUUGUGUUGACUGUUAAGAGUAUUGAGGACACUGUUGCCUUUUAUUCCAAAGUCCUGGGCAUGGAGGUGGUGACUUUCAAGGGAAAUCGCAAAGCUUUACGUUUUGGCAACCAGAAGUUUAACCUGCAUGAAGUUGGGAAGGAGUUUGAACCCAAAGCUCGAUGCCCAGUCCCUGGCUCUGCAGAUAUCUGCCUUAUCACAGAGGCAUCCCUGGACAAUCUCCUGGGUCAUCUGAAGGCUUGUGGAGUGAUAAUUGAAGAAGGUCCCGUGGCCAGGACAGGUGCUGUGGGUCCAAUAACAUCUGUAUACUUCCGAGACCCUGAUGAGAAUCUGAUUGAAGUUUCUAGGUACAUCACAGAUAAGAGUGAAGCCAGUGGAGGGGAGCCCUAACCAUGACCCAUUCUCUGCCUGUGUUGCAGUAGGAAGCCUGAUGCAAGUGUCAGCAUUAAUUUUGUAAACUUAGAAUGAGGCUCAAAUCCCAGCUAGAGACAUGGAACUGCAUCAGAACUCUCCCAAGACAAGAUUAGCUCUGGCUUGCUGAGAUCUUACCUCUGGAUAUGAAUCAUAGAAUCACAGAAUCAUAGAAUACUUGGAGUUGGAAGGGACCUCUGAAGGCCAUCUAGUCCAACUCCACAGCAACGAACAGGUACACCACAGCUAGAUUACAUUGCCCAGGGCCUUACCCAGCUCAAUCUGAAAGUUUCUAGGCAUGGGGCAUCAACUACAUCACUAGGCAACCUGUUCUAAUGCCUCACCACCCUCACUGAAAAAUCUUUUUUUCUUAUAUUUAACCUAAAUAUACCCUCCUACUUUUAUAAAUCAACAUCAAUUGAGAUUUCCUGUCUUUGUUAGAAGAUGUGUCCUGCUGAAACCUACUGCCUAUCUAGGAACUGGGAACUGGGCUCCAGUGUCUGACAUACAAAUUGCUCACAAGACUGAAGAUCUGUGUGUCAUACUCAACUCUGCAUUAAUACUUGAAAAGUGACAGAGUUUGUUAAUCUGGGAUGGGAGAAAUCAGCAGUGAGGUGGCUGCAUGGAGAGGAGGAUGUGUAACGCUAGACAUCUCAUUGCUGACUUCUCCCAUCCCACAUGAACAGAAUCCUAUCACUUUUCAAGUCCCUGCAAAAUUCUAGCUGAGUGAGAAAGAGGGUGCUAAGGGGACAGUGGUAAGAAAUUCUAAAUUGGCUCCACUUUCAGCCCAGCCUAGUUGUCUAAGACUGUCACUAUGUAAGUUUCCUUCUUUCUUUAAUUCCUUCAAUUAUUGAAAAGCAUAAAAGAACAAAGAGGGGUUACUUGGGGUUUUUCAAGGAGAGCAGUUCCUCAGAUGGCCACACUGCGGUAGUAACGUUAUCAUCAAGGAAAAUAGUGCUGGAAGACAGAGUGAGUUUUUCUGAUCUCUACAGUCAAAAUCACCUCUAAAAUAGAAAUAAUCCGCGAAUUGAGCUUUAAAAAGAAAAAACAAAAAACUUUCUGAUGGUAUAUCCUGUGAAGUCCAUGGUGGAAAACAACCCAAAUCUUAAUAAAUGCAGUGCUUCCCAUUACCCAAAACUUGUGUCAGUGGCAGUGGCAGGAGAGAAGGCAGCUUGCAGUUCGGAUCAAACCACCUGUGGGAAUGAACGAUAAGCUUUCCCAUGGGAUAU